AUGGCAACUCCUGCUUUAGAAUUUGACAUCUCUCACAAAAAUACUGACGAUAUGUAUCUUGAAAUUUUCUGUCUUAUUUGGCUCGAUGCUGACGCAAACGCUAAAGAUAUUCGAGAUACAGAACAAAACUUGCGCUCUAUCAUUAAUCGUUUUAAGAAGUUUCAAGAUGUAAAACAAUGUCAAAAAUUUAUUGAAGAACGAUCACAAAAAGAACGAGUAGUUAUGGUUGUUAGCGGUCAAUUAGGACGAGAAAUAGUUCCUUCUAUUCACAAACUUCGGCAAGUUAUAUCGAUCUAUAUAUAUUGCAUGGAUAAAGAGGGUAACAAAAAAUGGGCUGACAAAUUCUCAAAAGUAAAAGCUGUUGCUGUUGAACUUAAUGAGCUCAUCUUUCGAAUUAAAGCUGAUCAUAAAAUUCAGAAAAUAGUAGAAGAACCAUUAUCAAUUAAUAUUUUUACUGCAAGUUCAGGAGCCGGUACAUCAACGAUGGGUGUAAAUGGUCAAUUUGUUUUUUAUCAAGUUUUUAUUGAUUGUAUUUUACGGCUGAAAUCUACCGAAAAAGAUAAAGAAGAACUUAUUAAUGUUUGUAAACAGCAAUAUCAAGGUAAUAGUAUUGAGCUGAGCAAUCUGCGUAACUUCCAAGAAGAUUACUCACCUGAAAAAGUUUUGUGGUGGUACACAAAAGAAUCAUUCUUUUACAAGACUCUUAAUGCAGCUCUACGUAAUCAAGAUGUUCAUUUAAUUUUUUUAUUUCAAGCAUUCAUCUUUGAUAUUCAUUGUCAAUUGAAAAAUGAUCAAGUUAAACAUCCUAAAUUAGUUUAUCGAAGUCAAAUGGUAUCCAAUAAUGAACUUAAAAUCUUGGAACAAUGCUGUGGUCAAUUUAUUUCAAUAAAUUCAUUUUUUUCCACCAGUACUGAUAGGAAACAAGCUCUUUCAUUCCUCAACAUUUCUGAGGCUACUGAUAACUUGAAACCAGUAUUGUUUGAAAUCGAUACUGAUCCUUCAGUGGUCACUAGCAAACCAUUCGCUGAUAUAAGUUCACAUAGUGAAUAUCCUGGCGAAUCAGAAAUACUUUUCAUGCUGGGUUCUAUUUUUCGUUUGAAUAGCAUCAAACAAAACAGCGAUGAUCAAGUAUUGAUUAUUGGAAUGAGUUUAUGUAGCGAUGAUGUAAAUACUUUAAAGGAAGUUCUCGUACAUAUGGAAAAACAACUUGGAAGUGAAGAAACAGAUCUUCAAACAUUAGGAAAACUUCUAUGGGAUUUGGGUAAACUUGAUCUCGCUGAAAAAUACUUCCUUCGUUGGUUGGAACAACGUCCGCCUAAUGAUGCUUUACUUGGCGAAUUGUAUAAAAAUCUUGGCAAAGUCACGUCACAAGCCGGUAAAACGGAGGACAGUAUGAAAUGGUGGAAAAAAGCUGUCGAACUCGAAAAUCAAAAGCCACGAGAAGUAUCCGUACCUACUAGUAAGUGCAUUGAAACAAAACUCUAUCCUAUAGAUACAACUAUCCAAUUUAAAACUUAA